UCUCGUUACGCCGUUAGGGUUUUGUUUGUCACCUCUAAUGGAGAACGAAAGACAGAAAGAGAACGAGGUAAUCUCUACUUCUCAUCUCUCCAUGAGCAAGCGGCUUAAGAAAUGCUCUGCAUCCACCGAUGUUAGGGAUACAACGGAGCCUUCGCAGAAUGUUGCUGGGAAAGAGUUGAAUGAUGAUUCAGAAGUAAUACUGAAGAAGCAAAAAAAGGAAAGUGGUCAUGAAAAUGAAAAAACUGCAUUGAAAAAGGUGGAAGAACAUGAUUGCAUUUACGGCAAUGAAGAAGAGGCUUUUGGAAACAAUCAGCGUACCAUAUACGUUAAGGGAUUAGAUUGUUCCCUUUCUAGAUAUGAUAUCAAGAGCGCAUUGGAAAAACACUUUGCUUCAUGUGGUGACAUCUCCAGGGUUUUUGUUCCGUUUGAGUGUCGAACCGGAGUACCUUUGGGAUGUGCUUUCAUUAAUCUGAUGGACCCAAAGAAGGCGUUAGAACUAGAUGGAAGUUACUUGGGACCUUCUAAGCUUGAGGUUGUGAUUUCUGGCACCACACCUAUAGGCUUUUAUAACUUUAAAGGUUGCGGACGUUGUAUACUUAUUCUGAAGAGGCGCAACUUCCGCCGCUUUGUGGAUGCUCGUGUUGGUCGUAUAAUACCCUGGACACCCGAGUUAGCCCGUUGGAUGAGUGAAGCAAAGAAAAUGAUCAAAGCAAAGAAAAAGAUGGAAGCAAAGAAAAAGAUGGAAGCAAACAAAAAGAUUGAAGCGGAAAACAAGGGCUAAUAAACAAAAUUCUAGUUGCUGCUUCUUGUUUGUAUGGUGUAUCACGUGUGACUACUCUUGCUAUUUUAGUUUCAUAAAUAUUUAUGCCUAAGUCAAAUAAAUUAUUAAAUUUUGGUUA